UGUAAACAAUGAAUGGAACAUAGUAGAAAUUCGGAAAAGAAAGAAAAAUUAGGGACAAAUAUCAGAAACGGACAAAGAAAAGGGAAAUUACCCGGCAAGAAGAAGGAAAGAGGAGUAUAUGGUAAAGUUACUGCUAAAGUUUGUUUUCGAGUAACUGCCAUUAACCAUUCCAACCCAACAAAAACAUUUAAAGAACUAUAGGGACGAUUGAAUGUAUGAAAACGUUGAGAAAGUUUAUGUUGUUUUGGCUCUGGGAAUAAAAUCUCUAAUCGGACAAAAAGUUGUAUGCUCAUUCGCUGCGCUGGGCAACGUAUAAACCCUAAGUGCUGUAACUGUGGAGGAGAUUACAGUGCAAAUAUAUGGAGGAUGUUUAGUGAGGAAAAAUGCAGUGAAAGUCAAAAAUGUCUGAAUGAAUGAAGGAAUUUCAUUUGCUGAGGCUCUGAAGAAAGUAAAACAGACACAUAAGGUUACAGAGGCUACUAGAAAGUUGAACUAUGGACAUACUAUGCUGCUGCAUGAUCUGCUCCUCCUCCCACAUAAUUUUUCGUCUUUACUGAAGCUCCUCCCACAGCAGAUCAGCAAUAAAUGCUGAAAUAUUUUCCCAUCAGUUUACAAGUGAAGAAUGAAGAGUUUAAGAAAGAAAGACAGGGAUCCAGGACCCUGCAGAAUAAAACAUGAAGAUACUGAAGAACCAAUAGAACCCUGCAGAAUAAAACAUGAAGAUACUGAAGAACCAAUAGAACCCUGCAGAAUAAAACAUGAAGAUACUGAAGAACAAAUAGAACCCUGCAGAAUUAAACAUGAAGAUACUGAAGAACAAAUAGAACCCUGCAGAAUAAAACAUGAAGAUACUGAAGAACAAAUAGACUUGAUGAAAGAGAAUAAGACUGAAGACCUGAGUGAAACAGAGGAGAAACUUCAUGAUGUCAAAUCUUCGAGUCACUCACAGACCGAGAACAUUUUUUCCCUGAAAAGAAGAUCCAAAAAGUCUUUCACCUGCCCUCAGUGCGGGAAGAGCUUCAGACAUAAAGGACACCUUAAUGAACACUUAAAUAUUCACCCUGGAGAGAAACCGCACACAUGUGAUCAGUGUGGAAAGAGUUUCAUAAUUAAAGAACACCUUAAUAGACACAUGAAAAUUCACUCUGGAGAAAAGCCAUAUACAUGUGAUCAGUGUGGAAAGAGUUUCAUAUAUAAAGGACACCUUAAUAAACACAUGAAAUUUCACUCUGGAGAAAGGCCACACACAUGUGAUCAGUGUGGGAAGAGAUUCCUAUACCAACAUGGCCUUAAAAUUCACAUGAAAAUUCACACUGGAGAGAAACCACACACAUGUGAUCUUUGUGGGAAGAGUUUCACACAGAAAGCACACCUUAAAACGCACAUGAAAAUUCACACGGGAGAAAAGCCACCCACAUGUGAUAAGCGCAGGAAGAGUUUUGCAGAUGUACAGCGUUUUGAAUUUCAUGUGCAUUCUCAUUCUGGAGAAAGACCAUAUAACUGUUAUCAGUGUGGUAAAAACUUUUCUUUGGCAAAAUGCCUGAGAGAGCACCUGAAACUUCAUUUAAUAGAGGAGCCUCAGCCGUGUUCUUUGUGUGGAAAGAGUUUUCGUCAUUUAAAAAAACACCUGAAAAUUCACAGCGGUGUGAAGAAUCAUUUGUGCCUUUAUUGUGGGAAGACCUUUAUUACAGCUUCUCAACUGAAACGGCACCAGAGGAUCCACACUGGAGAAAAACCUUACAAGUGUUCACACUGUGACAAGCGAUUCAGUCAGUCAGGAGCCAUGAGAGCACAUGAGAGAAUCCACACUGGCGAGAAGCCGUAUCACUGCCAUCCAUGUGGGGGACGUUUUACUUAUUUGCAUUCUUUGCUCAGUCAUAAAAAAAACAAAUGUCUGAAAUCAUGAAAUCAUGUCUGAGUUCAUCUAAGAUCCAGCUCUUUUGAGUACAAUGCUGUAUUUUGACCAAACGUGACCCAAUUAUUUUGCUUUAUGAAUUUAAUAAUCAUAUGAUGAUUUUUUUUUAAUAUAAUAUUACAGUUAUGUUACUCCACUACAUAAAUGCCUAUCUUCUAAUUCAAUAAAGAGAGAAAUCUAAAUUUUUAUAGAUGUAUUACUUUUUAUUUUAUAUAUAAUUUAUAAUAAUAAAAUAUUAUAAUUAGGGAUGGGUAUCUUUUACAUUUUAUACUGAUACCGAUAACGAUACUGCUUAUCGAUACCAGUACUUUGUCAAAGAUUAGACCUCUAGUGAGGAAAUGUUGUUUUGGAGAGUUUUUUUUUUUCACCAUUGCUACCCCAAUCUCCUCAUUUUCCAACCACUUUUCCAGAUGUUGAAACUCCUCCUCAAUUUGUCCAGUUCUUCUGAAUGUGUGUUCACUGUAUAAAUUAAUAUCGAUUUCAAUAUCAAUAUUUCAAUUUACAAUUUCUUUACGACUGAGGAAAGAAAGACAUGAACAUUUUGGAUGACAAGGGGGUGAGUACAUUAUCUGUAAAUUGUUCUGGAAGUGGACUUCUUUAACAUCAAUGUGCAUACAGCACCAAGUUUGACAGAUGAGGCAAAUUCUGUAAACACUGCUUUGAAAAAUAAUGUUUUGUUGUUUUUUAUUUCUUGUGCUUGCAAGUUCAUUCAGACAAUCAACUUUUGUGACACCAAAUGCGUUAAAGUCACAGAUCGGAUGGAAUUCUGGAAAGAAGGUGCAAAGAAAAAACAUCAGCCUGAAUACCAUUCUGCU